AUGAUUAAAAAUCUUCCAUGGAAAUCGCAGGCAAGGUCCAGCUCUGGUGAGAUAUUCUCCAUCCCUAGCACUCCAAAUCAACUCCAUGAUUCCGAAUUCGAAUUCGGGUGCUUUAAACAGGAUUCACCUUCUCAAGGUCCAUAUAGAACCUCACCAGCUGAUCAUCUUUUCUUCAAUGGCCGACUCUUGCCUCAUGCCUUUCCUUUACAACCUACAACAAUGGUUGCAACUGAUCAUGAUUCUUGUGUGACGAGAAGAACAAGCAGCAUCAGCAGCAAGCAUUCAUUGAUGUCUUCAAGAAAUAACAGUACUAACAGCAGAAGCAGUUGCAGCAAUGCAAGAACAAGCUCAAGUGACAAUUCAGUGAGGGUAAUUUUGUACCAUGGUAAAUCCAUGCAGUAUAUUACACCAGUGCCUGUUCUGAAACGAGUGGUUUCCAGAAGGAAAAAUAGUGGGGUUGUGGUGAAAGAAGCCUUGAGAGCUAAGAAACAAGGUGAUCAUCAUCAAGAAAGGAGUACUGGUAGGGGAAUGUCACGGUCUUGCCUGAGACUUUUCAGGUUAUUUUUAUUGGCCUAUAGAGAAUGUCAUACCAUGGAACCUUCCAGGAAAUAA